AAUUCUCCUCUCAAUUCUUGAUACCAUGCAGUUGGUGAACCCAUUUUAAUUAAAAUGAGGGCAUUAAUAGUUUAGGCCGGGGGCUUGGUUGGGCCCUGGGGUGUUAAGUCUUGACUCUUGAGCGAUGUAUGAUGGCAUGUCAAUCUUGUCAGCCAAGUAAAAGAUUCUGCCUUCGGAUGAUCAAUUCAUUAUUUUUUCGCUGCCCACGUUAAAGUUUGACUUUGUCGUUCUUUAUUCACAAUUAGCCCAAAACUUGUAAAGCUGUUGUCCAGAUUGCUACCACUUACUUGCCAAACGGAUCCCUAAUGCAUAUAGAAGUUACCCCCUUCUAAAGGCCAAAUAUCUAAUUUGCCGCUGCUCCUCAACCAUGGCCCUGAGGAGACUAUCUCUUCACCCUUGUUUGAAAUUCUACUAGUAAAUCGCAACAUCCCUUCUAUGGCUGCUUCAUUCGUGGUUCGUUCGUUUAGCUCCAACAUUCCCGUGUCUGAUCCUGAUGAAGAACUCUGCUCUGUCAACACCUAUGGGGGCUCAAUGAACUGCACUGUUGAAUUCAACAUUGGCCAUGGCGCAUCUGAUCAAACAGUGGAGCAUCCAUGGCAACUAGAAGGACCAAAAGGAACGUACCAAGCCAAGAAAGUUGAGGAAGGAUUGUUCGUGAGGGUUGACAUGGCGGGGAUCAAAGGGUAUUAUGCAAAGAACAACCAGUUUCAAAACAGUGGGCCAAAAGGGUUCAUUGAGUUCAAGGUACUGGAGAACCAAGAUUUGUACGUGAGGGUUGAUUUGCCUGGGGUUGCAAGCAAUGGUGUUUCAUGCUUUACUGAUCCUCAGAAGAAGGUAGUCUUCUUUAGUGGAGAAGCACCAAAAGACAGCGAGCAUGAGCAAGGUAGCCGUACCUAUUUUGGCAUCACGGGUCUUAUUUGCAAUUGCUGUGAGAUCUCUAGGAUUAAUGCUACAAUGAAAGAUGGUGUGCUCAGAAUGGUUCUUUCAAAGGUUAAGAAGACCCAGGGGGAUGCCGCAUGUUCUGCUGAGAGACCAAGCGUACCUUCAACUAUACUUCAAGAAGCUGCAUCUCGAUCUGCAGCUGGACCCCAAGGUGGAACAGGCCCGGUGAUAGAGCUAAACCCUUUUGUUGUGCGAGGACACAGAGGCGCCUUUGAAGGCAAGGCGAGCAAGAAGGGUGGUUUAUUUGCGAGGGUGGACAUGCCAGGGGUUUCCCCGGAAGAUGCUAAUGCUUUUUUCAAGGAUGGUGAGAUCCGCUUCAUAGGCACUGGCUACAAGGUUUCCGAGCACGACGAGAGUGGUCGAACCUACCUUGGCAGCAUCGUUCCCGUCCUCCCCACCAAGAGGAUUAUGCCUUCCAAACUCGACUACACUAUGAAGGAUGGAGUUCUCCGCAUUAUCAUCCCACCAAUUUAAUCUACUUUUCAGAAUUAAUUUCUGGCCUUUAGAUAGCAUAUGGUAACCUUUUUGACUACCUUAUAAUUAGGUUCAAUCUCUUUUCUGGAAUUUACUUAAAAUUCUAUGGUUUUUGCAUUAAAUUUGAACUUGAACACAGAAUUUAAUUUUCUAUUGCUUUUUGUGAUGUGGGACAUAUUUCACAUUUGAUGAUCA